AUGUGGGUGCAUCGGUCUUCAGCUGAAUCUGCAAAAGACGAUGUUCAUGCGGAACAGAUGGAUCUGGGAUGCCCCAUUCACGCUCAACGGAACGAACAUAUCCGAAUGCACCAGCUAUGUUUAUCUGUGUCGGGAAUUGAACAUGAUGAACGACCUGACCCCCGAGCUGGGCAGGAGGAGAAGAGCGGCUUGGGGAGCGUACAAGAGCAUCGAGGAUGUAAUGAAGAAGACCAGGAACACCCGGCACGAAGUCCUUCAAAGAAAAAUAUGAUGCUCUUCGUGUCCCACGCGAAAGGAGGAACCACUGGGCUACUCUGGCACACGAUCGGCGCAAAUGGAAGAAUUGCUGGCGCCCGCUCGACAAGUUCGAAGAUCAACGGGAGUCAAGGUGAUCAAGGUGAUCAAGUUUGA